AGGUCGUCUUUCGCAUGUACGUACUUCAACACUAUUCAACAUACCCCAAUCGUUAUUCUCUGGGUCGCGUUCUAACUGAUUGGAACUUGAAUCUAAUCGAGCACAGAUCCUGUCGGGAUGUUUCGGUCACUUCUUGCACCAUGGCAAAGUCAUGAAGACUUCGGGCCUACUUCGCCUGCAAUUAACAUCAUUGGUGGCGGUGCCCCAGAUACCAGCAACAGUGGUGAACGUGUAGCUAAACAAACCAUGCGAGAUAUGGUAGAGGACUUGAAAGUAACAGAGGCAGUAGUCGCGAAGACAACUCUCCUGCAACGGAUUGCUACUCUUGUUCGCGAAGUACCCGCAACGAAAGACGCGUUUCGCGAUUCAGAUGGAUUUCUCUUACUGGUCCACGUGCUAUCUACACUGUCGACCACGAUCGGACGACGAGGAUCCCAAUCGACGCGUGAUGCCGUGGCUUGUAUCAAGUCAGUUUUCACGUUGGCCUCUGAGGCUUUGAAGGGACAUGCAGUGAACCUUGAGUUCUUUGAGGAAUUCAUCGGUUACUCUUCGCUUUCCGAUGCUGCGGACCUGCUGGUCUCUAAUGCAGUGACAGCGGACAUGACGCUCGGGUGUUUGUUAGCUCUCUCAUUUAGUGAUUUCUUCCUCGUGGAAUUUUUCAGCUCGUUACGAACAAAAGUGCCUGAGAUCGAAGCGAUGCACAUCCACUUCCUGGAAUUUGCACCUGGUCUAGCCAGUAUGAGGCUCCCCGGAGCAUUCAAUGUUCUUUGGAGCUUCAUUCUGCGAACAAUGAACACGGAUCGCGCCUUGAGGCUCAUCGUUUACCGGCUUUUAGAACAUCUGACGCACAGCACGCAUAGAAACCUCGCCGUCCUAAGCAUGCAAAAUACCUUGCCGCAUCUCUUCAAAUCGUGGAAGACUAAUAUGAGCAGCGCCAAAGAUGACGAUAAGGAGCACCGAAUCCUAGCAAAAAUUCUUCGGCGUCUUUUUGAAAUGGGUGCUAGUACCCAAGACUCGAGAGAUUUGCUGCAGUGUACUGCGAAGCAAGAUGGAACUGUAGAUGCCGACAUGCUCGAACUUCUGCGCUCAAGUGCGAAGUCGAGGUGGCCACAGCACUUCUCUCUUGAUGGCUGUUCUGCGCUAGCUAUGUCGUCCACCGAAAUGAAGACUUUCCCUGCCCAUGGGUUCACGUUCAUGGCCUGGAUUUGGCUCGAAAGGAUGCCUUCGGAACCACACAAGUUGUUCAGCAUAUCCUUUGGGUCCAAAGAUGCCGUUGCUCUCUCUGUCGGUAGCAACGGGGCAUUAGCCUUCCGAUCAUGCGUCGUUCAAAAAGUUGAAGUGCUUCCGAAGUCGAAACUGGCGGCUUCUCGAUGGACACACGUCACCCUUGUGCAUCAUAACCAUAGAUCAUCGCAUCCUUCCGUCUGCUUGUUCAUUGAUGGCGUUCCAAGUGACUCGUUGCAAUGGGCAUAUCCAAAAUUCGAUGAGACGUCGCCUGCGACUUUGAUGGUAGGCGAUGACGUUACCGCAGUCGAAUCUAGCUGGUGCGUGGCUUCUGCCUACCUGCUUUCUGUCACGCUCGAUGACGACUUGCCGAGAUUUAUACACCACCUAGGCCCCCGAUAUUCUGAGUCAUUCCAAGAUCAGACUCUCAUCAGGUUCCUGACGUACGAAGCGUCGACUUCGCUUAACAUGCACAUUACAGCUCAAGGCGCAUCGCUACCUGAGAAUUCGCAACUCAAGAAGGCCAUUCGUGGAGAUUCGAUUAUUAGCGAUUCAUCGAUUAUAUUUCGCGUCGUCCCUCAACCGCACAAUAAAAAGCACCAAAUUGUAACUCGAGGCGAUGUAUUUACAGUAUGCUGUCAGUCACUGGACCUUGCCGUGUGGAGGAUUGGCGGGGCGGCUUCAUUGCUGCGACUAGUAGCACUUGCUCAAACGCCGCAUGAACUUUCCAGAGCAUUGAGCGUUUUUUCUGACUGUCUUCGCAACAGCUGGCAAAACUCUGAUGACAUGGAAAUGUUACAUGGUUAUGAUGUUCUGGCAAGCACGCUGAGAGCUCGAAGUCAUCUCAUAAACAUGACUAGCUUUGAAACAUUGUUUGAAUUCCUUGGUCUAAAUUUCCGUUCUCCAGAUUUAUCCACUGUCGUCAACACCAUCGCAUACAAAGCCGUGGCACUCGACUUUGAGUUGUGGUCAAAAACUAGUGCCGACAUUCAACAGGCUCAUCUCGAACAUUUCGCCUUCUUGUUGCGUGCCAGCCGUUAUAGACAGUUCACCAUCAAGAUGCGAUUGUCGAAACUAGGCAUCGUACGCAAGUUAUUAUUCGCCAUUCAGUCAGUCUGGUACCCGCAAGAAUCUAUAUCACUUGUCGUCAACACAUUGGUGCUUGUUGCACAAUCAUCAUUUACAGCGGAGGAAGCGAUCAAACCAAUCGUUUCAUACAUAGCUGCCACCCUUGUUGAAGAGUCCCGAUCAUCAUCUUCAUCGUCACCUCGAUCAACAACAUCCCGUAGAGACUUGCUACAAUCUAGUACCAGGAAUAAAGCCGAGCAAGUCCUUGAAGGUCUUGUUUCCAUAAUGCGCAUCCCUUCGCUUCACUCUAAGCUUGCUGGUACACUCCCUAUGCCACGGAUCUGUUUACUGUUGCUUGGGGACCAUCCUUCCGCACACACUGCCUGCCAAGUGCUUGGCAUGCUUGGCCUCAGCCUAAAAGCCUCGGUAUCAUCUGGCAAAAACUUCGAGUUGGCCAGUGGUUGGGGUAUUCUCAAGACCCUGUUACCUCCAGUCUGGGAUCGCAGUGUACAUGAUGCAGCUUUAGAUAUCCUCCCCGGGCGCUCUGGAGACAGAUUCAGUGAUGACUCAGGAUCCCCUCAAAUGGUGUCUGUGUUUCUCUUUGCGUUGUAUCAAGGACUGUCAAUCGAGAACAAUAAUGCUGAACCUGACGAAGCUCCUUCAAAAGAUGCGAUCAUCUGGAUUCUCGAUGACUUAACAAAGCUGCACGAGUCGAGUUCAUCAUUCCGCCGCGUCUUCAGGUCCCAAAGCACUGCACAGCUACUUGUUGAUGGCCUCAAUAUAUUCUCCCCCGCAAGACAGCCUCCCAGGGUGCUGGAUGCCAAAAUAUCCGUCAAACUAACUCACUUUGGAUUACUUGUUGCGAUGGGCAAGCACAUAUAUACGUCUCAAAAACAACAGAUUCUUGAUAUCGUUCGCCCUGACGCUCAGCCAAAAGGGCGAACUGAGCCUGUAGACACUUCUGGGUCACGACUCGGGCUCGCUCAAGCAGACACAGUCUAUAAAGCGUCUGCGCGUCUUGAAGAAUGGCGACAGACGAUUCUUGUUUCGGAGCGCAAAUGCUUCAGACAGACACUAUUAGACUUGCAGGAAAAGCGACGUAGAGUCGCAUCUUUUGAAGAAAAUGUAUCUGUAUCGACGACCGAACGCGAUAUUUGGCCUCAUUUAGCUCGGAAACGCGCGUGGAAAUUAGACGAGACCGAAGGACCGCACAGAGUUAGGACAAAGAUGGAGAGCCUCCUGGAAAUGUUUGUGCAGGACUCGAGGUCUAUUAGUCAUGAGGAAUCUUCGUCAGCUUUUGAUUCAGAGUUGUUGUCGCUGUCCCAGUCAGAACUUGCUUCUCCGAAUACUGUGGUUGUCCCAUCUUAUACAGGCGAAGACGGCGAUCAUCAGCUCGCUGAAGAGGUAACUGAGGACAAACUCAGGAGAGUGAGGCAUCAACUCGAACCUGGCGAUGUCAUUGAGGCUGUUAGCACUGUCUGCCGAGUAUCCGGCGUCGAUUCCUUUCUUGGCAUGUUGAUCUUCGGGCGUACCCACCUGUACAUGUUAGAAGGCCUCGUAGAGAAUAGUGAAGGCGAAGUUAUCGAUGCAGGUGAUGCGCCGGAAGGAUUGUUCCUUAUAUCCGGAAGUGCCGUGGACGUUCGGAACUCGCAGCGGGCUCCACGAUGGUCAUUAGAGCAAGUUUCAGGCUUCUCUGACAGGAUGUUCCUUUUCCAGGAUGUAGGGUUCGAGAUCUUUUUCAAAGAUAGCCGCACACUGCUGGUUAUUUUCCUUGAUAAGUCACGUCGCCAAGUGGCCUCCCAGAUGCUUUUGUCGAUAGCCUUGAAAAUGAGGACAUCCGACCCCAGUUCGACACCUAGAUCUAUUACACCCAAAGCGCUUUUGAGAAGUAGAUCAUCCACUAGCGCAGUAGAAAAAGAACUCCAAUUGGCGCAACAACAGUGGCAGAACAGAGAGCUAAGCAAUUUUGGUUAUUUGAGUAUUCUCAAUCAACUGUCAGGACGUACCCCAAACGAUGCAACUCAAUACCCCGUUUUUCCUUGGGUUCUCAAUGAUUAUGUUUCGGAGGUACUAGAUCUUUCAUCUACUGAUGUGUUUAGAGAUCUCACUAAGCCUAUGGGAGCGUUGACGGCUGAGCGUCGUGAGGCUGCGGAAACUCGCUAUACUAACCUGAGCAGUGUUGAUGAAGAGCCAUUCCACUACGGAACACACUUCAGCUCAUCGAUGAUCGUUUGCCACUUCAAUAUUCGCAUGCAGCCGUUUACCAAUAUGUUCAAGACGCUACAGGGAGGAAACUGGGAUUUGCCCGACAGGCUUUUUGCUGAUAUCAGGAGAACAUAUUCCUCAGCGUCGCAUGACAUCCGAGGGGAUGUGCGUGAAUUGAUACCCGAAUUCUUUACUUGUUCGGAAUUCCUCGAGAAUUCAUCAAAUCUCGACUUCGGUAUCUCUCAAACUACGGGAGAACGGAUUCACAAUGUUAAACUGCCUGCGUGGGCAAAAGGAGACCCGCUCCUGUUCAUCGUAAUGCAUCGCCGUGUUCUUGAGGGCCAUUACGUCAGCAAGAAUCUUCCCGCUUGGAUAGAUCUCAUAUGGGGAUGCAAGCAACGAGACGUGGAUUCGGUGAACGUUUUUCACCCUCUCAGUUACGAAAGCGCAAUUGAUCUGGACAAGAUUACCAACGAUCUUGAGCGACAAGCUACUGUUGGAAUCAUCCACAAUUUCGGGCAGACUCCCAAGAAGCUCUUCACCUCACCACAUCCACCACGAAAUCUUGAAGGGUUCCUGAGUCUCCCUGUCACGAUAGCCCGUGGUGUCCCUGAGGACGCACUUGCGUUAGCAAGAGAUUCCAAGCCUUUCAAAGUUGUGCUGGAUAGUGCUGUGUCGAAUAUUUCCGUCGACCUGUUUGAGGGGAAAUAUAGCGGUAUCCGUCCGUUGCCUCUUGGAGCGAUUGGCCUCCCUUCGAUUAGUCAUGAACAAAUCGAAUGGGAUCAUAACGCGAGUGAUCGCUCACUGCGAUUGGUAUCCCACGGAAAAGUCACGCAAGUUAUCGAACAGGUAACACUCACGUGUGCUGCCUUCGCAGACCAGGACACUCUAGCAACGGGUUCCGGUGAUAAUAUUGUGCGUGUUUGGCGCGUCAACCAAGGUCAAGUGGCGCCUUCGGGUUUUGUUGGAGCUUCGGGGCGGUCUCGCAGGCAUGCAUCUUCAACACUGUCGAUGACGCAUCUCCUCAGAGGACAUACUGAACGUGUGGCGUGUAUUGCAACAUCGCGUACAUGGUCCGUUAUUGUCAGUGGCAGCGAGGACGGGAGUGCCAUCGUUUGGGACCUGAACAGAGGGUCUUACCGGCAUUCAAUUUGGCACGGCAAUGAAAGCCUAAGAGCAGAAGUGUAUCUAUCUGCCAUCAAUGAGUCUACGGGAUACAUCGCUACUUGUUCCGUUUCCCACUUAAUGUUGCACACAAUCAACGCGAGACCAAUUGCCAGACUCGACACUGCGCGCGCACUGAUUACUUCUCUGGCGUUCCAUGAACGUGAAUAUUCGCAUUUGGAUAUCCUUGCCACGGGUCACGACGAUGGUUCAAUCACGCUAUGGACAUGGAACGCAGACGGAACUCCAGCCGGAAUGCAAGCGCAAUGGGAGUUUGUUGAAGUUCGUCGGAUGAAUUCUGGAGAGGGGGUAUCUGAUGUUGCUUUAGGAUCUGUUACCGCGCUCAAGUUCAUCGGUGAACGCCUUUGCGCUGGUUAUGCUUCUGGAUUGACAUAUAUGUGGACCAUUCCUACUUAAUGUCAAUUGAAACAUCGAUUGUCGGACUUGAACUAGAGAUGAUAAUCCUUACCCGAAAGAUGGGGGAUACUGUAACUUGAGUACUUACUUCAAGGAUUGCACUCAAAUCACAUCAAUGAAUAUUGAAAUUCUGGCCACCCAGUAGUGCUGAUUAUGU